AUCUCAAUACUCACUCAUCUCUCAUCAUAUCAAAGUGAAAAUAAUUCAAAUCAUUAUGGCAAUCAAAGCUCCAUUUCAACUUUUGAUGCUGCUGGGAAUUUUUUUCCUAGCCUCAGUUUGUGUCUCUUCUAGAUCCGAUCAUGAUCAAGAGAACCCUUUUUUCUUUAAUGCUAACCGUUUCCAAACUCUUUUUGAAAACGAAAAUGGUCACAUUCGUCUCCUUCAAAGAUUCGACAAACGCUCCAAAAUAUUUGAAAAUCUCCAAAACUACCGUCUUUUGGAAUAUCACUCCAAACCUCACACCCUCUUUCUUCCACAACACAAUGAUGCUGACUUUAUCCUUGCAGUGCUUAGUGGGAAAGCUAUACUCACUGUGUUGAACCCGAACGACAGAAACUCCUUCAACCUUGAACGUGGUGAUACCAUCAAACUCCCUGCCGGCAGCAUUGCUUAUUUGGCUAACCGAGCUGACAACGAGGACCUUAGAGUAUUAGAUCUUGCCAUCCCCGUUAACAGGCCUGGUCAAUUUCAGUCUUUCUCAUUGUCUGGAAAUCAAAACCAACAAUCCUUCUUCUCUGGAUUCAGCAAGAAUAUUUUGGAGGCUGCCUUCAAUUCCAAUUACGAGGAGAUAGAGAGGGUGCUUAUAGAAGAGCAGGAGCAAGAGCCACGACACAGGAGAGGCCUUAGGGAUAGGAGACAUAAGCAGAGCCAGGAAGCAAAUGUAAUAGUCAAAGUGUCAAGGGAACAGAUUGAGGAAUUGAGCAGACAUGCCAAAUCUAGCUCUAGAAGGAGUGCAUCCUCCGAAUCUGCAUCUAGAAGGAGUGCAUCCUCCGAAUCUGCACCAUUCAACUUGAGAAGCCGUGAACCUAUCUAUUCCAACGAGUUUGGCAACUUCUUUGAGAUCACUCCGGAGAAAAAUCCACAACUUCAAGACUUGGAUAUAUUAGUGAAUUAUGCGGAGAUUAGGGAGGGAUCACUUUUGUUGCCACACUUCAAUUCAAGGGCCACAGUGAUAGUAGCAGUUGAAGAAGGAAAAGGAGAAUUUGAACUUGUGGGACAAAGAAAUGAAAACCAGCAAGAGCAGAGAGAAUAUGAGGAAGAUGAACAAGAAGAAGAGAGAAGCCAACAAGUGCAAAGGUACAGGGCUAGGUUGACUCCAGGUGAUGUUUAUGUAAUUCCAGCAGGUUAUCCAAAUGUCGUAAAAGCUUCGUCGGAUCUCUCUUUGCUUGGAUUUGGUAUCAAUGCUGAGAACAACCAGAGGAGCUUCCUUGCUGGUGAGGAGGACAAUGUGAUAAGCCAAAUUCAGAGACCAGUGAAAGAGCUAGCAUUCCCUGGAUCAGCUCAAGAUGUUGAGAGUCUACUAAAGAAUCAGAGACAAUCUUACUUUGCAAAUGCUCAGCCUCAACAAAGGGAAAGGGAAGAAGGUCGAAGCCAGAGAAAAAGGGAGCCUAUUUCUUCAAUUUCGGGAACGUUUUAAUGCUUAUUAUGCUUGUAUGCUCUAAGCUCAUAGUGAGCAAUGAAUAAAACGGCAUUAGCUUGUAACUAUAACUAGAGUUCCACUUUCCUACUAUGAAUAAAUUAAUCAAGAACAAGUUUUGUGCCA